CUAAACUUCUUGGUUAGGUGUGCAAGACAAGCCGACACUGUCAACAACCUCUCUUUCACAACCUGUAAACCUGCCCAACACCUCGCCUAGCCGGUCUCUUUCAACUUCCCGAUCCAAUGGCCGGCCGAUUUGUCCGAGCGUCGAAAUACCGACACAUCUUUGGGAAGCCCACCAAGAAGGACAUUUGCUAUGAUAACCUCCACAUCAGUCGCAAUGCCUGGGAUACCAACCUAGUGAAGGUCAACCCCGAGUACCUUUCCGUCAAUUGGGAAUCAAGCGGUGGCGGUGCUUUCGCUGUUAUCCCCCUGAACGAGCGUGGAAAGGCCCCCGACCAAAUACCCCUUUUCCGAGGCCACACUUCUGCCGUGCUGGACACAGACUGGAACCCCCAUAACGACCGCAUUAUUGCUUCAGCCUCCGAUGAUGGCAAGGUCUUCAUCUGGGAGGUGCCCCAGGGUUUCACUCUGCUCACCGACGCCGAGGAGAUCACUGAUGUAUCGCCCGUUAGCAAGCUGACCGGCCACUCAAGGAAGGUCGGCCACGUACUCUUCAACCCCGCAGCCGAGAACAUCCUUGCUUCCUCCUCUGGCGACAUGAGCAUCAAGAUGUGGGAUAUUUCCACUGGCCAGGCGGCCAUCGCCCUGAAACACCCCGACAUGGUGCAAAGUCUAUCUUGGAGUGCCAACGGUGCCAUGCUGGUGACCACCUCAAGAGACAAGAAGCUGCGCGUGUGGGAUGUGCGCCAGGAAAAACCGGUGCACGAGUAUGCGGGCCAUGAGGGUGCCAAAAACAGCCGCGCAGUGUGGCUGGGCGAGCACAACCGCAUUGCUACCACCGGCUUUUCGAGAAUGAGCGAGCGACAAAUCGGUCUGUGGGAGCCCGGCCGUAAAGACCCCAUUGGCGGCUUCACCUCGCUCGACUCCAUCUCCGGCGUUUGCAUGCCUUUCUGGGACGACGGAUCCAACUGUCUCUAUCUUGCUGGAAAAGGCGACGGCAACAUCCGCUAUUUCGAGUACGAGAACGACAAGUUCGAGUUUUUGUCCGAAUACAAGUCGGGGGACCCCCAACGCGGAAUUGCUUUCCUACCCCGCCGCGGUAUCAACGUGCACGAGAACGAGGUUAUGCGCGCCUACAAGACCGUCAACGACGCAUACGUCGAGCCCAUCUCCUUUACCGUACCUCGUCGUGCCGAAACCUUCCAAUCCGAUAUUUACCCUCCUGCCACCGGCCUCAAAGCCGCCAUGUCCGCCAAGGAGUGGUUCGACGGCAAGACGGCUAUCCCGUCCAAGAUUGACCUGGAAAGCAUCUACGACGGGAACGCCCCGGUCGAGGUCCCGGCCGACUACAAGCCGCCCGCAGCCGCCCCUGCUCCUGCCCCGGCACCUGCCGCAGCCCCCAAGAAGGAGCCCGAACCGGCUCCCGCUCCCACUCGCGCCCCUGCCACCAUGGCCGACCAGAAGGUCUCCAUGUCGGCCAUGGCGAACAAGUUCCAGGACAAUGAGGAGGAAGAGCAAGUGGAUGACGGCGCCGAGACGUCAAGCUUCGAGGAGAUCGGGCGUCCCGCGCCCCGCACCACUAUCCCCGUCCGGUCUGCCGUCAAGCCGCAGCCCGUUGCGGCGGCCGCACCGCCUGUUCAAGCGAAGCCUGCAUCGCCGAUUAAGUCGCCGCAGGCCUCCGCCGCCCCUGUCUCCCAAGCCCCUCCCGCGGUUUCCUCCGCAGCAGCAGCGCCCCCAAGCCCGGCUGUCGAAGCAUCGCUGGGUGAAAUCAAGCAGCUCAUCGAGCAGCAGGGCAAGGUUAUCACUACCCAAAGUGAAAAGAUCACUGCCCAGACGCAGAUCAUCACCCGUCUCGCCUCUGAGGUUGAGACGCUCAAGAAGAGAGUUGGUUCAGGCUCGCAGGACCAGAGCGAACGGAUCCGGCAGCUCGAGCUGGAGCUGGAGGCUGCUCGGUCUUGAGUACAAAGGGGCAGUAAUGCUAGUGAAGUGGGACGGUCUCGCUACGAUGAUGUUUAUGAGCAAUGGUCGGGUGUUUUGAGUCGUCCGUAUAUCAUGAUAAGGGGGACUGGUCGGAAAAUGCGCGUUGGCUUUUUUCCUGGACAGGCAGCCAAACAAAUACCCAAAUUUAUACUCCCAAGAUGCGCGAUCAA